UCCGUCUAGUGGUGCUGCGAGAGAGAGCAGCAGCGGCAUUUCUUCUUCCUCUUUCCCUGCACGAGAAAAGAAAAACUAUACUCCGUACUACUGCUCAGGACGACAGAGGAGAAAAUAUCCCCAAUCUCUCGCCCCCCUAUAAACCCUAGUCUCGCUGAAUUCGCGCCGGAGUUUUCCCCGAAUCGAGGCUUUUCGGUGCGUCCGCUUGCCGGAGGAGGUGCGCCGCGGUUGGUUUGGUGGGAAAUUGCGGGGUUCUCGGGGCUGUGCGGCGGGCCAGGCGCUCGCCGGCGUCGGAUCCAGCUGUGUUUUGGUGGAGGCAGCGGUUUUUGGGGCGAGGACCUGUUCGGCUUCGUGUUUGAUUCGCUCGCCUGGGUUGGGUUGGGUUGGUUGGCUCACGCGUGGCUGCGGUGGCAGCGACUGAGGACUUCAGGCAGCUGCUGUCGAUUUGGCGGGGCUGUUGCUGCCAUUGCGUUAGCGCAAGGUUGAGCAGCUUGUUCCUUGGCGUUCCCUGCAAUCUUGGUGGCGUUUUGAUCUGCUGGGUGGGACAAAAGGCGUGACCUUCCGACUAGCGCUUCCGACCCUGCAAUGCUUCCCAAGGCUCGAAUCCACGCGGACCCGGUUCUCGAGUUUGAGGUCGACCAGUUCGACUGUCUGCCGGAUUCGCUUGUCCUGCUGAUCCUCAACAAGGUUGAGGAUGUGCGGUCCCUCGGCCGGUGCUCCGCCGCGUCGAAACGGUUCUAUGGGCUUGUCCCCCUUGUCCAUGAUGUGUGUGUCAAGAUUGAUCGUGUUGUGACGGUUGAUGGCGACUCCGAGGACCCGCUCAACCUGUCCUCGCCAAAGCCCCGGAACAUACUGUCGCACUUCCUGAAGCUGAUGCUGUUCACAAUCAUCAAGCCGUUCCACAACAUGCGCAGCGCAAAUGGUGCUGGAAGACCGCUAUUCCCACAGCUCGCGCAGCACUCACCAGCGCAGGUGCUCCGUAACUUUACACACAUAAGGAACCUUCAGAUCGAGCUCCCUUCUGGCGAUGUUGGAACCGAGGACGGAAUACUUCUGAAAUGGCGUGCGGAGUAUGGGAGCACCCUUCAGAACUGUGUGAUUCUGGGGGGUACCAGGGUUGACCGCAAGCCUGUUGGUGCAGAGCAUGAGCCAUCUUCAGAUGACAAUGGAAGCAUGCCAGAGUCUUUCUAUACCAAUGGAGGGCUCAAACUCCGUGUAGUGUGGACAAUCAGCUCUCUGAUUGCAGCUUCAACGAGGCAUUAUCUUCUCCAGUCAAUCAUCAAGGAUCAUCCCACACUUGCGAGCUUGGUACUGACCGAUGCCGAUGGUCAGGGCACAUUAUGCAUGGGAGCAGAGCAACUGAAGGAGUUUAGAGAGAACCAGUUGUCGGCCUCAGCAUGUUCCAACAGGACUCAGGUCCCGGCCUGCAGCAUGAAGCUGAAGUAUGCUCCAUAUCUCGAGCUUCCUGGAGGAAUUGCGUUGCAGGGUGCAACACUAGUUGCCAUCAAGCCCGCAACCGAGGGAAGUAAUGGCAGCCAUAUCAGCCGUAAGGAAACGGAUGCGUUCAUCUCCGGAGCAUUCGAUGGACCGUUUAAGUUUGCUGCGAAGGCGUUGAUGAAGAGGCGCACGUACCUUUUGGAGAUGAACGGCUUCUAGAUAGCUUGAGUUCUUCCUGGGGAUCAGCUUGCUGGUGCAAGGAAGGGUCGUUUAGCUGCUUUAACUUUUGAUCUGUGUAAUAGUUUGUGCUUGUUGUCUUUUGUAUUAGCUCUCUGUACAGUGGUGUCAUUUUGUUGGUUAUAUGAAAAUCGUAUCAAUUUAGUAUAUUUUCUCAUU